UUCACGUCUCGCUUCAAAUCGACGUCUGUGUAAGGUUGAAUCGCGUCGUGGUGUUUUCAUCUUUAGCAGUUUUGGUUGUUUUUUUUUUUCUCCUUUUCCAAACGACCGAGACACACCAGCUAAACGCCAUUCGCGUUAGAUCUAAGGAGAAAACGACCUACGUACAUAAUAGGUGUUUUCAAGCAAUUUGUUCUACGGGAAGGAGAUUAACGCUCAAAGUUGAUUUCAGUCUCCCUUUGAGUAUUCUCUUCUACGGAUCGAGGGCAGGAGGCAAGAACCAUGAUGAUCCAGAAUUUGUGCUGAUUCACGAAUAGUCAUUGUGGGAACAAGACCAGAGUGAAUCAAAUGGACAAGAAAAAGAAUCGUAGCGAUCCACUUGCUGCUGGGCGUCAGAAGCUUCAACAAUUUCGUCAAAAGAAGGCUGACAAAGGCACUGAUCAGAAAAAGGACUCGAAAGGCAGUACAAGCCAAGGAAAAUCCUCUAAAAAAUCUGGUAAAUCUGAGAAGCAUGAGCGUAAACCUGAAACAAGUGCUGUCAGUGAUGAGGCAGAAGCUCCGUCCCAUGAGGCUGCAGGAGGAGCUACAUCUCAUGUGAACGUUGGUGAGGAGGUUGUUGAUUCUCCACAAACUUCUGCAAAUGCAGAAGCUCACGAAAAUGUUUCUGUCCAUGGUUCAGCAUCAGAACCUGAUCCGCCUCAGCCAGUAAAUACCACGUCUGAUGAUGGAUCUGAAGUGAGAAAAGAAGUAGUUAAUUCUGAAAAUGAUAUCAGUAUAUCAUUAUCCACUGAAGAAGAGAAUAUCAAGUCUGUCAACAGUGGAACGGAUGGCACAGUAGAUUCUCUGACAUCUGACCCUGCUGAUUCUGAGAAGGGAGUUAUACAUGACGAUGCAUCUAUUAAUGUUGACGAAAUCUCUGCUGCUUCUGGAAACAUAGGUGAAGGGAAAAGAGUUGAAGUUGAAAGUGGGUCUGGGAGUGUGGAAAAGCCACAUCAGCCAUCCUCUCUCCAUGAAUAUAUUCCUGAUGUUUCCUUGAUUCGUGCAAGGGGAGAUCAGGUAACUGAUGUAGGGGAAAUGCAGGAAGAAGAUGGUUCACACAUGGAGCAGUUUUCUGAAUCACUUGCAAAGGCAGGUGUGGAUAAGAUUGCAACUGAAGAAAGGCAAACAAGCGAUCCAGCAUCUGCUUCCCCUUCACACUUUUCAGAGGGAUCCUCAGUUACACUUGAUUCAGUUCAACUAGAUGGAAUAAGUGGUAAUAUUAGAAGCCAACAGAUCAGGGAAGCUGCAGAGCUUAAUGAAGAAAAACCAGAAACAUCUAUUCAUUUUCCUAAUAACAGAGAUCACGUGCUUUCUGCUGAACCUGAGGAAGGCUCGGUUGCACAUAUGGCUAGUCAGCUGCAAUUGCCUGAGAGCGUCAGUCUAUCUGAAGUUUCGAGCCAUGAGGAACCUCGUAAACUCGACACAUUGAAUCUAUCUGGUGACGUUUCCGUUGCUCAUGUUCACGAAGGCCGCUCAGUCAGCUUCUUACAGCUUGUGGAUAUUGUACGAGGACUUGGACAAGAUGAAUAUCAAAUUUUGUGCAAUGCAAGAGAGGCUGCUUCCAGUAAUGAGCCAGGAACAAGUUCCUUGGAGCGAUUAAGAGAAGAACUAUUUGUUUCGAGUACCAUGGAAGAUAUACUCCAUGUGCAACUCACGGAACAGUCUCAUCUACAAAACGAGUUUGAUCAUCAACAUAACCAACUGGUAGCUGAAAUAUCACAGCUUCGUACAUCAUAUAAUGCGGUGACAGAGAGAAAUGACUCUCUUGUGGAGGAACUAUCAGAGUGCCAGUCUAAACUAUAUGCUGCCACAAGGUCAAAUGAGAAGCUUGAAAAUAAGCUUCUUGCUACAGAAGCACAAGUGGAGGAUUUCACUACUAAGAUGAAUGAAUUGCAGCUUAGCCUAGAAAAGUCCGUGUUGGAUCUAUCUGAGGCGAAAGAAAAGUUCAUCAAUCUUCAGGUGGAGAAUGAUACGUUGGUUGCAGCCAUUUCUUCCGUGAAUGAUGAGAAAAAGGAACUUCUUGAAGAAAAAAAAUCCAAGAACUAUGAGAUUGAGCAUCUUUCGUCUGAGUUAAACAAUUGCAAGAACGUGGCGGCCAUACUAAAGGCAGAAGUUGAGCAAUUGGAAAAUACUAUUGGUCCACUGAAAGAUGAGAAGAUGAAUCUUAUGGAUGAUAAAUAUAGUUUAUUGGGUGAGGCAGAAAAGUUACAGGAAGAAUUGGCAAAUUGUAAGACGUUGGCCACCCUGCAAGAGGUGGAAAAUUUAAACAUAAAGGAGACGCUUUCUUUAUUGACAGGCCAGCAGACUAAGUUUGAUGAGAACAACCUACGUCUCAGGGAAGAAAAUGAGAAAGCACAUCUGGAACUGAGUGCACAUCUGAUCUCGGAGACUUAUUUAUUGUCCGAGUAUUCCAAUCUAAAAGAAGGAUAUUCUUUGUUGAAUAAUAAGCUCUUGAAGUUUCAAGGGGAAAAGGAACAUUUGGUUGAGGAAAAUGAUAAACUUACGCAUGAACUUCUUACUCUUCAAGAGCGUACGUCAACUGUACAAAAAGAGCGGACUCAUCUAGAAGUUGAGUUAAAAGAAGCAAUAGCGCGCCUCGAUAAAUUGGCUGAAGAAAAUACAUCUCUUACUAGCAGCAUUAUGGUAGAAAAAGCUAGAAUGGUAGACAUUGGUAACGAGGAUGCAUCAGGAUUGAUCAAUCAGGAAAUUUCUGAGAAACUUGAGAAAAGUUCAGAAGUCGGGGUUAGUAAACAGACCGCAUCAUUCCUUGAAAAUGCGCUAUAUACAAAUUUGGAAGAGGUGAUGGAAGAGACGUCUGAGUUUUCUGCCUUGAAGAAGAAUCUGGAUAAGGGGGAGAAAAUGGUUCAGAACCUUGAAGAGGCAAUUAAGCAGAUCCUUGCUGAUUCUUCAAUGAGUAAAUCUAGCGAUAAGGGUGCUACACCAGCAGUAUCAAAACUGAUUCAAGCUUUUGAGUCAAAGCAGAAACCAGAAGAACAGGAAUCGGAAAAAGCACAGUUAAGUGAUGAUCUAUCAGAAGGAGAUCAAUAUGUAUCUGUGAAUGUGCAGAUUAGAAGUUUGAGAGGCUUGCUUGCUCAGUUACUCUUGAAUGCUAAGGAGGCUGGUAUACAAUUCAACCAGUUAAGUGAUGACAGGACAUCGACAAAUCAAAGACUCAAGGAGUUAAAUGUUGAGUUCGCAUCUCAGCAGGAUCACAUUGAUGUUCUGGAGGCAGAUAGUAUUGAGAGUAAAAUUUCAUUUGAAGCUCUGAAGCAUUAUUCAUAUGAGCUGCAACAUAGAAACCAUGAACUUGAACUUCUUUGUGAAUCAUUAAAGCUAAGAAAUGGUAGUAUCGGUGUAGAAAACACGGAGCUCAAUAAGAAGCUGAGUUCUUGCUUACUAAGAAUCGAUGAGCUUGAAAUUCAGCUGGAAAACUUACAGCAGACUUUAAGUAGCUUUUUGUCCUCAAUGGAAGAACAGUUAGUGGCCUUGCAGGAUGAAUCUGAGAGAGCAAUGAUGCUAGAACAUGAAUUGACAUCAUUGAUGUCUGAAUUUGGUGAAGCAGUUGUGAGGCUUGAUGAUCGUCUACUCAGAUCUGGCACUUCUGAAGCUUCUGUUGGCUUAGAUAUGAGCAAGCGCAUAUCUGGUUCUAUUGAUAUGGCUGUAAAGGUGAUUGACGAUCUGGAGGCAAAACUUGAAGCUGCUUAUGCGAAGCAUGAGUCCACCUCAAACCAAUAUGAGGAAUUGAAGCAGAGUUUCAGUACUCUGUUUGAGAAGAAUGAAUUUGCAGCUUCUUCAAUGCAGAAGAUCUAUGCUGAUUUGACAAAAUUGUUUACUGAAUCAUGUGGGUCAGAGGAAAUAGCCAAUCUUGAAGUUGAAAAUGUAGCUGUCUCUGAUCCUUUUAAGGAUGGUAGUUUUGAGAAUCUGAUGGAGGCUGUGCGAAAUAUUCUUUCUGAGAGGCUUGAACUUCGGUCUGUGAUUGAUAAGCUACAGUCGGACUUGUCGAGUAAAUCAAACGAUAUGGAGGAACUGGCGCAGCAAAGCCUUCAUUCCACUUCACUUCGAGAGUUAGUUGGGAAGGUUGAGGGUGUUCUGGAACUUGAAAGUGGAAUUAGUUCUGAAUCUCCUAGUUCACAUGUGGAGUUUCUUGUUUCCCAACUUGUUCAGAAGUUUAUAGAGACUGAGGAAUUGGCUCAUCUCCUCAGAAAACAGUUAGAGGCUAAGGAGAAUGAGUUGAUGGAGAUCCAGGAGAGUUUACUGCAUCAUAAAUCGGAAAUAGGUGGUCUCAGGGAAAAUUUAACCCACGCAGAGGAGUCGCUUGUGGCUGUACAAUCUGAGUUACAAGAUAAAUCUAAUGAAUGUGAACAAUCAGAGCAGAGGUUAUUAUCGACUAGAGAGAAGCUUAGCAUAGCUGUUGCUAAAGGAAAAGGUUUGAUUGUUCAGCGUGACAAUGUCAAGCAGUCAUUGGCCGAAACCUCUGCUAAACUACAGAAGUGCUCAGAGGAAUUGAAUUUGAAGGACUCAAGGCUUCUGGAAGUUGAAGCAAAACUUAAGACCUAUACGGAGGCAGGUGAACGCGUGGAAGCAUUAGAAUCUGAGCUUUCAUACAUCCGAAACUCAGCUACUGCACUGCGGGAAUCUUUUCUUCUCAAAGACUCUCUGCUUCACAGAAUUGAAGAAAUUUUGGAAGAUUUGGAUCUCCCAGAGCAUUUUCAUGCUCGAGAUAUAUUGGAAAAGGUGGAGUGGUUAGCAAGAUCAGCUAACGGCAACUCUUUGCGUCCCUCUGAUUGGGAUCAGAAGAGUUCUGAUGGCGGUGCGGGAUUUGCUAUCUCGGAGCCCUGGCGGGAGGAUGUACAAACUGGCACAAGUUCUGAGGAUGACUUAAGGAUCAAGUUUGAGGAGCUUAAAGGGAAGUUUUAUGGAUUGGCUGAACAGAAUGAAAUGCUCGAGCAGUCCUUGAUGGAAAGGAAUACCUUGGUACAGAAAUGGGAAAAACUCCUCGAGAAUAUUGAUAUGCCUCCACAGCUACAGUCCAUGGAAGUGGAAAACAAGAUUGAAUGGCUUGCAACUUCAAUAUCGGAGGCUACAGAUGAGAGGGAUACUCUCCAACAAAAGAUUGAUAACCUUGAAGUCUAUUGUCAAUCACUAAGUGCUGAUUUGGAAGUCUCACAAAAGCAAGUAUUUGAUGUCGAGGCAAAUCUUCAGUCGUGUGUUAAUGAGAGGGUGAAUCUUUCUGAAAGACUGGAAAGUUUGAAUGGUGAUCAUGAGAGUCUUACUGGGAGGGCCAGUCACCUUGAAGUUGAGAAUGAGAAACUGCAGAAUCAAGUGAAUGAUUUGCAUGGAAAACUAGUUGAGAAACUUGGGAAUGAAGAACAUCUUCAGACUAUUGAAGGAGAGCUAUUGAAUUUGAGGUACGUGAUUAAUGAUGUUAUCCAGGAAGAUGGCUUGCAGAAUUUGGCUUUGGCAAGUAAUUCUGAGAGUUUGGAUGGACUGCUGAGACAGCUGAUAGACUAUUAUAAGAAUAUGUUAAAAGCUGAAAGAGAUGACAAAGUCUGUGAAACUCGUCCAUCAAAUGCUGAUGUUAGAAGUGGAGAGUCAUUGGGUUCAGAUGAAGCAACUUCUCAUGGGCACCAUCCUGAAUUGAUAGUUGAAGCAACAAGUAGAGACAUAACCGUAGUAGAGACACCUGAUGUAGCUUCCUUAACUAAAGAUCUGGAUGAAGCACUGCAUGUUCAAAAGCUGACAAGGGAAGAAAGAGAUUCAUACAUGGCAAAACAACAAUCCUUGGUUGCUGAAAAUGAGGCACUUGAUAAGAAAAUAGUAGAAUUGCAGGAAUUUCUUAAAGAAGAAGAGCAGAAAUCAGCCUCUGCAAGAGAGAAAUUAAAUGUAGCUGUUAGGAAAGGGAAAGCGUUGGUCCAACUAAGGGAUAGCCUGAAGCAAACUAUUGAAGAGUUGAACGCUGAGCUUGGUCGCCUGAAAUCAGAGAUUAUCAACCGAGAUGAAAUACUCUUAGAGAAUGAAAAUAAAGUUAGGGAGUUGGAAUCUUACACUGUAAGGGUAGAAGCCCUAGAGUCUGAGUGCCAAUUGUUGAAAAGUCAUUUGGAAGAAACAGAAAAUUUACUGCAGGAACGAAGUGGUACAUUGAGCAUGACGUUGAAUGUGUUGAAUAGCAUUGAUAUUGGUGAUGAAGGGGACAGAAAUGAUCCAGUUCUGAAGCUUCAACGUAUCUCACAACUGUUUCAAAAUAUGAGUACAGCCAUGUCUUCUGCUGAGCAGGAGUCGAGAAAAUCCAGAAGAGCAGCUGAGUUGCUACUUGCCGAGUUGGACGAGGUUCAGGAGAGAAACGAUAGUCUGCAAGAGGGGCUAUCGAAAUGUACAGAUAAAAUCCAGCAACUUUCCAAGGAGAAGGAUGCAGCAGAGGCUGAAAAAUCACAUUUUGAAAACUUAUCAGCAGUCAACAGUGAAGAAAAGAAGAAGCUUUAUGGUCAACUGCUGUCCUUCGGAACUAGUGUGAACUCUCUAAAGAAAAUACUCGCAGGUACCAGCAGUUGCCUAGCUGAUAUUUUCACUAUGGAUAUGGAGUUUCUGCAUCAUCUGAAGGCAAAUAUGGAAUCAUGUGCGAAGCAAACUGGUACUAAUUUGUCUGGCUGGCCGCAGCUCGGUUCUGGGAAUUUCGUAGAAAAGGAAAUCUUUUCACGCUUGAGUGCUGCUUGGUCUAACAACAACUUGCAUGAGAUUUCAAGUGGUGGAAACAUUACCGAAAUUUGUGGUUCUCUCUCACAAAACCUUGAUCAGUUUGUGGAUGAUGUUAGCCAUCUUGAAGAGAAUGUAAGCAAGCACUUGACAUCAUGGCACGACCAGAUUAAUAUUGUAUGCAACAGUCUGGACACCGUUUUUAAGUCAAUCGGAAAAGGAACGGAGUCAGAAAUUGCUGCUCUGGGUGAAAGAGUUGCCUUGCUUCAUAAAGCAUGUUCUAGUGUGUUGAUGGAAAUUGAAAACCGUAAAGCCGAACUUGUUGGAAAUGACAAUUUCAAUAUGGGUCUCCAUCAAGUAGAUGAGGAUUCGUCCAUGGAAUCUGUCAGGUCCAUGGUAAAUAGGCUAUCGUCAGCUGUUAAGGAGCUUGUUGUUGUAAAUGCUGAGGCUGUGGAGAGAAAUGAAAAGGAGAUGAAGGUAAUCAUCACCAAUUUGCAAAGGGAGUUACACGAAAAGGACAUCCAAAAUGAUAGGAUGUGCAAUGAACUUGUGGGUCAAGUUAAGGAAGCCCAGGCUGGUGCUAAAAUUUUUGCAGAAGAUCUUCAAUCUACCAGUGCCCGGAUGCGUGACAUGCAAGACCAGCUGGGCAUUUUGGUUCAGGAACGGGAUUCUAUGAAGGAGAGAGUUAAAGAGCUGCAAGCACGGCAGACAUCACACUCAGAAUUACAGGAGAAGGUCACAUCGCUUAGUGAUGUUGUAACUGCAAAAGACCAAGAAAUUGAGGCAUUUAUGCAAGCGCUUGACGAGGAAGAGUCUCAGAUGGAGGAUCUAAAACACAGGGUUACAGAAUUAGAACAGGAAGUGCAACAGAAGAACUUAGAUUUGCAGAAAGCUGAAGCUUCUCGUGGGAAGAUUUCCAAAAAGCUAUCAAUUACUGUGGAUAAAUUCGAUGAGCUCCACCAUCUCUCUGAAAAUCUUCUCGUUGAAAUCGAGAAACUUCAACAGCAAGUGCAAGAUCGAGAUACCGAGGUUUCUUUCUUAAGACAAGAAGUCACUAGGUGCACCAAUGAAGCUCUUGCUGCUUCUCAGAUGGACAUUAAGAGAGAUUCAGAAGAUAUCCAAACUGUACUUUCUUGGUUUGACACGAUAGCUUUGCUACUUGGUCUAGAAGAUUCACCUUCCACUGAUGCGCAGAGUCACAUAAACCACUACAUGGAGACACUUGAGAAAAGGAUUGCAUCUAUACUAUCUGAAGUAGACGAAUUACGGUUAGUUGGACAAAGCAAGGACGCAUUGCUUGAGGCUGAGAGGAGUAGAGUGGCUGAGCUCAGACAGAAAGAAGCAACUCUUGAAAAAUUCUUACAUGAGAAAGAAUCCCAACCAAACAUGUCAACAAGCCCGACGUCAGAGAUUGUUGAAGUGGAACCUCUGAUAAACAAGUGGACGAAAACACCGGUCCCAUCGCAAGUCCGGAGUUUGCGUAAAGGGAACAACGACCAAGUGGCCAUUAGUAUAGAUGCAGAUCAAGCUGAUCAAAGUGGUAGCUUAGAAGAAGAUGAUGAUAAAGCUCAUGGUUUCAGAUCAAUGUCUACGUCGAGAAUCAUUCCUAGAUUCACAAGACCCCUCACUAACAUGAUCGAUGGUUUAUGGGUCUCUUGUGAUCGGACGCUCAUGAGACAACCUGCCUUACGGUUAGGAAUCAUGAUUUACUGGGCGAUAUUGCAUGCUCUACUGGCUGCUUUCGUCGUCUAACCAAAACUUCCAAUUUCCUGGUUUAUCGGUAUAGCAUGGGCUCAAAGUGGUGUGUUGUCUUCACUAUAUGUUUUUGUUUAUUGUCCUUUAUUCAUUGAUUAGCUACCAAGCAAAUUGUGGUUUAGCCAUUUUUAUUGAUCCGAAUCACAAGCUGCUUGGCUUUACGAACGAAUAAGAAAGAUCGUAGUUAGCUGUUGGAAAAGAUUAUAGAGUAGAACUGCUAUUUCUAUUUACA